AUGCACCCCUCUUCCUUUGGCAAAAGGAUUCCUCCUCCCCUCUCGCCUGUGUUCGAAAAGCAGGCCACCUCCUUCGAAGUCAUGCCUCGCCACUUCACAGUACACUUCCCCGACGACGAGAUCUCUCUUGAGCGGAUCAGGAUAAUCCCGCCUCGCGAAAAACGUAAGAGCCCCAUCUUCAAGAGAGGUCGGAUUGCGAAGACGAAGUCGUUCAUCAUGUACACUUCGGAUUCUCUGGGCUUCAACCAGCGGUUCCUUUACAGGCUUCCUGGACGCCAUGGACCUCGGUACACAAUGUACUCACACUGGAUGAGUGUCAUUCGUGCCCGUCGUCUUGCCGCUGCGUAUUGCUCUCAGCCCCGUUCUCUGCGGUCCGCACCUUCCUCCAAUGGGUCAUCGCCUGAACCUGCCACCGAUGGUUCACUGCAUGACGUCUUUGAUAUGUCCUCACUGAAGGAUGCCCUGCCUGAGCCUGCCUCGGCCGGUUCAUCGCAUGGGUCUGCCUUCAACAUGUCCUCGAUGCUCCAUGCACUGCCUGAUCCUGACCCGACUUUCAACAUGACCUCUCUGAUGGAUGCCCUCCCGGAUCUGGAUGCCGCCUCCAAUGUGUGCUCGUUGAAGAGUGCUGUGCUUGAGCCUGCCCCCGCUGGCUCGCCACCUGGGUUUGCCCCCAACACUUCCUCUCUGAUGCGUGCACUUCCCGGCCCUGAUGCUUCGUCUGAUGUAUCAUCCCUUGCACUUGUGCCCAAGUCCGUGGCUGCUUCCCACUCUCGCAAGUCUCACAAGGUUCUUCCUGUACGUGCGGUCGAGACCCACGUCGAGGUUGGCCCCUGCUCGGUCACCUUCUUCCUAUUCAACCUUUGUGGGCUCUCGGUUGUGGUGAUGUGCUUCUGCCCAUGGAUUCUGCCAAUCUUCCUUGUGGCCUUUGUGCUCCUGUUUAUCUAUGGGACAUGCCUCUUUUGA